AUGUCGACCACGUCCAUGUCAAAUAGCGUCCUCGCCAAGCUCGAGCAGUACACGGCAUGCGAUAUCUCGGAUGCGCUUCUGAAGCUUAAAGUUCCCGGGGCAGGGUUUAUUGCAGACCUCAACUCCUACAGCGGCAAACCCGGUAAUGAUGCCGGCACACUGACCAUUGCACCCGUAUCUACCGUCUUAUUUGCAGCGAAAGGCGAAACCCUGGCCGAGCCAACGCCAAACGUCCCAAAAGACACUCACUGGACUGACGUUACAGAGCCCGGCACCUUUGUGGUAAUGAAGCAACCCCCGGGCCAGACUAAUGCCAUUUGCGGCGGCAUCAUGGCCCUACGCAUGAAAAUCCGGGAAGCCAAAGGCAUCCUUGUGGCAGGGCGAGUCAGAGACGUAGAAGAACUCAGAAGCACCAAUCUUCCUAUACUGGCACAUGGUCUCUCAACCGUCGGAUCAGGCGGCGGCAGCGUGCCAUGGGCCUUGCAAGUCCCCUUGGAAAUUAACGGUGUCACAGUGUCACCAGGGGACAUUGCCUUUCAAGACCCGGUCAACGGCGUAGUGAUUAUUCCCAAGGACAAGGUAGACCAGGUUCUCGAAAUAUUACCGAAGCUAAUUGCUGCGGAUGACAAGGUCAAGGAGGAUGUGCUAAAGGGCAUGUCCGUGUAUGAUGCGUUUAAACUCCACCGAGGAACAUGA